CACGUUCUAGUCAUCACUACCUUAUCUUAUACUACGAGCUUGUCGUGGAACAACCGAUCGUGAGCAGCAUAGUAGUAGGUCACUUAAGGAAAUGUCCGUAUUGAGAACUACGAAAAAGCAGAGACACGGACCGGUCUUCCAAGUUAUGAACAUCCACGAAUAGAACUAUCUCUCACCGGCCAUAUAAUCCCCCGGUGCAAUGACAAACCCGCCGCACAUGGCAUUGAACUGCAGACCAGUCUCGAGCAUUAACAUGACUCGCCACAGUGUAUGCGCUUCUCGAUCAAAAUUGAUGGACCAUACGAUAAGGAACAGGCCCUCCAGUUUUCAGCUUCUGGCGAUCUCCGCGGAGCAGCCAAAUUGUUGGAGACGGCGCUAGUCAACUUUGCCGCUCGAAGCACACGUUCGAUCGCAUUGUUACCAACGUUAAAUAAACCCCGCAAUCGCGCCAAUUCAGAUAACCAGGAAAGCCAAGUCAAGCUGGAAACUGUACAUUAUUAUGACGAGGCUAUGAUACGGAGUGAUAUGUUGGCGGACCACAACAAUUCAUCUGUGAAGGGCCUUGCUGACGGAUGGGAGUACCUACCGCGUAGAACAAAGAAGGCUGGUGCUCCCAAGCUAGCAAGUGGAGCUUUGAUUCCUUGCAUAUUUACAUCCACACGGGAAAUCGUGAAAGCGUUGCACAACAUGCGGAAGGAAAUGUCUGAGCUGAGAAAGGCGCUGAAGCAGAUGUACCUUCCUCCUGCCAACGAAAGUACUCGUAUAGUUCCGAGCGGUGCUGACCAAUCGCCGCCGACAUUGACACACUCGAGCCGAGACUUGAAGCUGAACCAGGGCGUGAACUUGGUGGUCAAAACAUUCGCACGUUGA